AUCCAGAUAUAAAGUCGUUUUUUUUCAGUUGGCAAAAUGCCACGUGCGUCCACUUAUAUCCGUGCAUUCAUAACAACCUCACCAUUACGAAACUUCUAUUCAAUCAAGUUUAAGCUCCAUGUAGCAAAUUUGCAAUAACAUUUUAUGUUGACCAAAUUCUACACUCUCAUUGACCUCCAUAUUUAUUUUGUGGGUUGAUUUUUGUGGGCAGAUUUGGGGUGGAGCAAAACCUCUUCCUCUCUGACUAGACUGACUAUACAGGUAACGAUGUGAAUGUUCCAACGCAGCAGAGGCUUUGACAACUGUAGGCUACAAAAUAAGAUGUGAUAUUUGUUGAGAUAAGAAAAAUUAAUGCAAUUCAAGAACCCACCUCUUGUGUCAGCACUUUAACCACGAGUCCAGUGGAUUCGUGCUUUACCUAGGGCCCACCAUCACUGUCUGUGAGGUUAGGGGCAAGAUGUGGGGAGAAGUUGGAGGAGCGUUGGUGUUGUUGCUGCUUUCGGAAGUCUUGGACUGCAUUGGUAUCUCUCCCCCAGGGAAACCUGUGCUCAUCAACUGUAGAUCCCCUGAGAAGGAGACCUUUACAUGCCGGUGGGACCCUGGUUUUGAUGGAGGACUACCCACAACCCAUCACCUCUAUUACCAGAAAGAAGACUCCUAUGGAAUGUACGAGUGUCCAGAUUACCAAGCUGCAGGGAGCAACUCGUGCUUCUUCAACAAGAGCCACACCUCUAUAUGGGUCAACUACAACAUCACAGUGGUGGCCAUCAACUCUCUGGGCAGCACUGUCUCUGACCCGCUGCAGGUCGAUGUUAUGUAUAUUGUCCAGCCCAAUGCCCCAGAGAAUGUGACAGUGUCUGUGGUGGAGACUGAGGAGAGUCCACACCUCCUGGUGAAAUGGGAGCCCCCUCACGAGGCCGACACACGCUCUGGCUGGAUCACUCUCACCUACCAACUACGGGUGAAACGACAGAAUAAGAACGAGGGCGAGUGGGAGGAGUAUGCCUCAGGGAAGCAGACCCAGUUGAUCAUCUACAGUCUGCAUCCAGGAGAGGUCUACAUGGUCCAGCUUCGCUGUAAACUAGACCAUAGCCUCUGGAGCGAGUGGAGCACCACUACACACACAGAGGUCCCUGAUUACUUUCUGAAGGAGCGAUCGAUCUGGAUUGUGGUCACCGUCUUUUCUGCUUUUAUAAUCCUGCUUGUUACCUUCACCCUGGCCAUGAAGAGAAAAUAUGUGAAACAUCGUCUUCUGCCGCCUGUUCCUGGUCCAAAGAUAUCAGGACUAGAUUCACAACUCCUGAAGAGUGGGCGGUCCGAGGACAUUUUAAGCUCUCUGAUCAACCAGGGCUUUCCUCCCACCAUAGCCACUAAGGACCAGCAGGUGGACUAUCUGCUGGUGUUUGAUAGUGAACAGGUGACACCAGAUCUUCAGAAUGGACAAACAUGGACAAAUAACUCCAUGGAUCAUGGUUCCUAUGACCACAGCCUUUUGAUGGAGGCUAAUAAUAAAGAAGUAAAAGUUGGAGGCAGAGAGACGGUGGAACAGGGUUAUUCUGAGGGGCUUGAAUCUACUUUUAGGAAGACCAAGAGCCUGUCCACUGACGUUACAUCUCACCCAUAUCCUCAGAAGAAGCCAUUCAACAAUGUUACUGAAACGCCAAAGCAAGCGCCUGUUUCCAGCAAGUAUCGAUCCUUAAGCCAUCAUAAAGAUCUCUGGGACAGCUUAGCCAGACAUCUAGACUACAGGGAAACAGUGGUCAAGAGCCAAUCAAACUGUGAUGACAAACAUUUGUCAUCACAGAAUAUUGUGACUCCCUCGAAGGCCAUUGGUUGUGUGGAGGUUCAGAGGUGGACAAAGAGCAUAGGCCUACAGGUGCUUGUACCUAAGAUGGAUAAGAGGCAGGAGGACUAUAGCAAAGUGAGUGUGGUGGAGAAUGAUAAUGUAGUGCUGCUCAAGAGAGAAACGGUCCCCCUCAAUUGCAUUUCCUGUAAAGUAGGAGGCAAUCAAUCAGAGAAAUGUCUCCAACAGAAGCCAUGUAAACCUAAUAUGACAGUGCCCGCAAAAGAGGGAGUGCAUAUAGGAUCUAAUGGUUAUGUGGAGCCUGUCACUAUGUCACACACUUUAUAAAAUGUAAUUGUCUGAAAUGACAUUCCAAUGUAGCAAAAAAAUUAAAUACUCAGGAUUGUGACAUUUUCACUGACAAGAGAAUUGACUAUAUCAUGUUGCUCAGGAUAUUGUUUUUGUAUGUACUGUAUAGUGAGCCAAUAAAUAUGGUAUUUUCUGAUUAAUAUAUUUCUUGAGAUUAAAACACUCACCACAGGUUACACACAAAGCAUAACAAGCAAACUCACUUAACUAUCCAUAUUCAAGAGUUAAGACAUUAGAUAAAUCUUAUUCAACAUUCUUCAUUGUAAUUGCUUAAAACAAGAAUAAC